AUGGAAGAGAGAGGACAAACUCAUUCGAUCUAUGAGGUCGAAGUUGAACGAGAAGACCAGGUUGAAGAAGAAGACGAAGAAGACUCAGCUUGGUCUCAAUUUGAUGAUCUAGCCGCAGCUGUUCUUGAGGAUCCCGAGAACGAACAGUUGCUGACCGCCUUCCAGGACAUGAAGAAGAAACUCCAGUACAGGGAUGCUCGAAAAAUGCUGGCAAAGUCUCGGAUUGCUCGAGACUACUAUCCAGUGGAGAAUCCCAAGUAUACAAAGCCUUUCAAACGAGAUGGUGGAAAGAUGAGUCAAAAGUUUUUCAUGGUGACUGCAUGCGAUGUGGCAAGUAUGGUCAUCGUGCUCGUGCACCUGGCUUGUGAGAAAGGUGAUGCAUCCAACUACAUGGUUUUGACGAGCGCCGAUGAACCAUUUGAACCCAUCUUUGCCGUGAACUCAGAAGAAACCAGUUUUUGUGGAAUCCUUGACUCCGGUGCCUCAGAGACAAUCAUCGGAGUGGAUACGCUGCAAGAGCUCUAUGAAUGCUAUGAGCGACUUGGUUUUGAGGCACGGAAAGAGAUUGAAGUGGACCGAUCUUUACACAAGUCAUUUGUGUAUGGAAAUGGUCAAGCAAAUGAUGCACUUGGGCUAGCAAAAAUCAACAUAGGACUGCUGGGGAAAGAAACCACUAUGGAGGCUCAUGUCGUCGAGGGCUCUACGCCCUUGCUGCUUUCCUCUAGGUUCUUGUACGACCAUGAUGUGACAGUGAACUUCAAGAAAGGCUGGGCUCAUUUCGCCGAGAUGACCGAACACAAGGUGCAGCUGGCGAGAGCUCCAAGCUUUCAUUUGAUGAUGUCCAUCUUGCAGUUCCCGGGCAGUCGUGAAAAGACACAUGAGAUUGUGACAGAAGCUCCCGGACAUGUACUGAGUGCUGA